CCCUCAAUUUUUUACGACAUAAAUAUAAAUUUCCUCCCAAAUUUUCUUUUGAAAAAGUUAGAAUACAUGUGUCAUCUCUCUCUAAAAGACUGUUACAAAGAGAGAAGAGAAAGCUCUUCAGAUCUGCUUAAUUUUGUUGUCUUCUGUGCAUAUCUCUCGAACCCAUUCCCGAAAACUCACAGUCUAAGCUUCCCUGAAAGCUUUUCAUCGAGUCGACCCGCAUUGAUCCACCGAGUCAGCGAAAUUGGGUGCACUCUGUUUCAUGCUCUGUUUUUAAGCCAAUGAGCUAAAACUUCGAAAGUGCAGAGCUUGGUUCUCAGUUUGGAUUGUUCACCGGCAGAAUGGUGGUGUUCCGGCGGGUUGUACCGGAGCUCCGGUGAGUGUCGGAGUUCCGGUGAGUGUUCCGGCGACGCUUGGUUUUGGUUUUGGAUAGUGUAAAAUGUUCAAGUCAGCGAGAUGGAGAAGCGACAAGAACAAGAUCAAAGCCGUCUUCAAAUUGCAGUUCCAUGCAACUCAGGUGCCAAAGUUGGGUGUGGAUACAUUGACGGUAUCUGUUAUUCCGGGGGAUGUGGGAAAAGCAACUGUGAAAUUAGAAAAAGCUACAGUUCGAGAUGGGAGCUGUCGAUGGGAAAAUCCGGCCCAUGAAACAGUUAAAUUCCUCCGUGAGCCUAAAACCGGGAAGAUCAAGGAGUGUCUCUACAACUUUGUUGUCUCAACUGGAUCUUCUAAAACUAGUGUUCUUGGGGAGGUUUCUGUUGAUUUUGCUGACUAUGCUGAGGCUACUAAAACUUCCUGUGUCUCUCUUCCCCUUAAGAAUUCUAAUUCUAAUGCAGUUUUACAUGUUACCAUUCAAAGAUUGCAGGAAAACGUUGAUCAGGGAGAGGAAGAAGGCUGUGAAGAUGCGACUGUUAAAUCCCAGGAUAGAAGCUUGAAGAAUCACUUAAGCAAUCAUGAUGCAGAUGAGAGAGUUUUGAUCGAUGAAGGAAUCAAUAGAACCACCCAAAAUGCUGAUUUCAAUCGUAGGGCAUCUAUAGGAUCUGACAUAACAUUGUCAAGUUCUGACAGCGGCUCUGGACUUGAUACUCCUCGAGAACAUGGACUGAGAAACAUUAAUGUCGGUCAUGAUCCUUCAAGCUUUCCGUCAUCUCUUAGUCAUGCCUCAGUACAACAUAAACCUGCUGUUUAUACCCCGACAACAACCUAUGACGAGCAUCAGCGAUCACAAUGGGCAUGGUCUGCAGGUUCUGAACAUGGAGUAAGUACUGAUGGUUCAACAAAGAGUUCUCAGGACACCCUUCCAAGAGAAAGGCCUUCAGAUGACGAGAUCGAAAAGCUAAAAGCUGAACUUCUUGUUUUAGCUAGACAGGCAGAUAUGUCAGAGUUAGAAUUACAAACAUUAAGGAAGCAGAUAGUCAAAGAGAGCAAAAGGGGGCAGGAUCUUUCAAAAGAAGUCAUUAGCUUGAAAGAGGAGCGAGAUGCUUUCAAGGCAGAAUGUGAAAAACUAAAAGCCUUUCAGAAGAAACGUAUAGAUGAUGCACAAAUUAAAAACAGGUUCCAGUUAGAAGGUGGAGAUCUGCGGGCUCUUGUAGAUGAAAUCAGACAAGAACUAAGUUAUGAGAAGGACCUGACUUUCAAUCUUCGUUUACAACUCCAGAAGACACAAGAAUCAAAUUCUGAGUUGAUUCUUGCUGUACGAGACCUGGAGGAGAUAUUGGAGCAGAAGAAUAGUGAAAUAGCUGACAUUUCCAACAGACCAGAAUCCACUGAAGAUGCUGCAGGGUUGAAGGCAACCAUCUCAAAAGGUGGGACCAGUGAGGAUGAGGAGCAGAUGGAGCUGGAGGAUCUUGUUAAGGAGCACAGCAAUGCCAGGGAAACACACCUGCUUGCGAAACAGAUUGCAGACCUCUAUAGUGAAAUAGAAAUCUAUAGAAGAGACAAAGAUGAGCUUGAGAUCCAAAUGGAGCAGCUUGCACUUGACUAUGAGAUAUUGAAACAAGAAAACCAUGACAUCUCAUAUAAACUAGAGCAAAGCCAACUGCAAGAACAACUUAAAAUGCAGUAUGAAUGUUCAUCUCCCUCUGCUAGCAUGAAUGAACUUGAAUCCCAAGUUGAGGAUUUGGAAACAGAACUGAAGAAGCAGGCUGAAGAUUUUUCUAAUUCGUUGACUACCAUAAAGGAACUUGAAUCACAUAUCAAAAGCUUGGAGGAUGAACUGGAGAAGCAGGCACAAGUAUUUGAAGCUGAUUUAGAAGCUGUGACAUGUGUGAAAGUUGAGCAGGAGCAAAGAGCCAUCCGAGCAGAGGAGGCACUGAGGAAAACUAGAUCCAAAAAUGCUAAUACAGCUGAGAGGCUUCAGGAAGAAUUUAGAAGACUCUCUGUGCAAAUGGCCUCAACAUUUGAUGCAAAUGAAAAGGUAGCUUUGAAAGCAAUGACAGAAGCCAAUGAACUGUGUGUACAGAAAUGUCAACUAGAAGAAAUGCUCCAGAAAACUACGGAAGAGCUCCAGGAAGUUGGAAAUGAUUAUGAGGCAAGAUUGCAGAAGAUCUCCAACCAAAUAGAUGAGAAAACCGAACAGAUAGAACAGAUGUUAGUGGAAAUUGAGAAUAAAUCCAAGCAGCUUGAACAUCAGCAGAAGCAAGAGGAAGAAGUUAAGGGGCAUUUCUCCCAGGUGAUCUUACAGCUCCAGUCUGAGAUUGAUAGGCUUAAAACUGAAAAUAAUAGCCUUUCUGAGCAAGCAGAGGAAAACAAAAAUUUGAGAGCAGAUUUGGAACAAAUGAAGAAAUCAAUCGAGGAAACUGAGAUGCUAAUACAAAGGGGAGAUGCGGAAAGAAUUGAGCUGGUGAGUACAAUUGCUAUGCUGAAGGAUGAAGCAGAGAAGUCAUUGGAGAAGUUGAAUAGAAUGAGGGAGCUCAAAGAAGAAAAAGAAGCGACAGUUGGACUCCUACAGUCGGAAUUAGAAGAGCUUAAAGCUCAAUGUAAUGACUUGAAACAUUCGAUAUCUGAGGAUGAGGUAGAGAAAGAAAAACUUAGAAAGCAGGUCUUCCAGCUAAAGGCUGACCUGAGAAAGAAGGAAGAUGCAUUCACAACCAUUGAAAAGAAGCUCAAGGAUAGCAAUGGACGUGCAUUAGUUUCUGAUGGAAUUAAAUCUGCUCACAGAAACAAUAAGUCUUUGCCAGUUGCUAAAGGUUCAAAAGAAGUUGCAGGUCUUAGGGAGAGAAUAAAAUUGCUCGAGGGACAAAUAAAGUUAAGGGAAGCUGCUUUGGAAACCUCAACUGCUUCAUUUUUGGAGAAGGAAAAGGAUCUUCAAAACAUAAUCGAAGAGUUAGAGAGCAGGGUGGAAGAAAUCAAUCAGAAUAGUUCAGUUAUGAAGGUAGGCAAAGAUAUCACUGGUAUAACUUCAAAUGAAGAAGAGAGGAGUGGAUCUGAAUACUUGGGCCAGUCAGCAUGUUUGCCCAAAGAAAAUGGAAAUGAUAUGUCUUGUAUCAAGAGUGCUGAUGAAAUGUCAUCAGAGCAAGAACCGAGACUUGCCAAUGUGGAUCAUAGAAAUGGCUACCAUGAUGACUUAUUAACUGAAUUAGCGUCAAUUAAGGAGAGGAAUACAUCAAUGGAAAGUGAACUAAAAGAGAUGCAAGAGAGAUAUUCAGAGAUAAGUCUCAAAUUUGCAGAGGUAGAAGGUGAAAGACAACAGCUUGUAAUGACAGUACGCAACCUCAAAAAUUCGAAGAGGAGCUAAAAAACUGUUCAUAAUCUUAUAUUACCAUGUACAGUUAAAACAGCUGGAGUAUGUUCACACCAAAAAUCAAGACCUGACAGUUCAUU